AGGGGAUGCCGGCCGGCAACAUCAACAUGGCGACGGGGAGGCGGCCUCUGUAGAGCCAAUAUACUAGAGGAUCUUUGCUGUAGAGGGCGCAGGGAGCCGGCGGUUCACGAAGCCGGGGUCCGCCAUGGGCUGGCAGCUCGUCUCCCUCCUCCGGCGGGGGAUAUGGGCCGCCAUGACGGGCGGCUGUUACCUGGAGCCCAAGCAGAGCGGCUUCUCCAACACCUUCCACCUGUACCUGUGGAUCGCGCUGCUGGGGGCGCCAUUCGUCCUGCACCUGGCUGCAUCUCCCAGCAAAGUUGCUCUUGGGAUUUACUGUGGUUUGAUAGCUCUCCUGUUUACUGCGAUAAAGACAAUUAAUUAUCGGCUUCACAUUAUGUUUGAAGAUGGAGAAAUAAUCCAUCAGAGCAACCAGGCAGCAUCUUUCACAAAGGACAGGACUGGAGCUGGAACACGGGAACAUGAUGAAUCAGAACUGAUGCUUUCCGUUAGUCCUGGUCGCAGGUAUCGUGUCCAGGGUAUCCAACUGACUGAAUUCAGCAAGGAUAAUGCAACACCACCAGUCCACCACAGCUCUUGGCAGUCCAUACUUGACCCUGGAGUCAGUGAUGAUUCGGAUCUGCCAACAAAUCCAAAAGAUGCAGAGGAGCUCAAAGAGAAAGACUUCAGAAGACUCACUGCAACUCAGGAACAUAAUGUUACUCCAAAUGAACUCCCAUGCAAAAUUCUAUUACCUUCAAGGAAGGAAAUAAAAGAUCAUGUGCUGGGCAAUGCAACCCCCCUGAUGCCCUAUGAUUCCCCAGUUUGUUUCCAUCAGUCGAUUAAUCAAGAUAUCGGACCCAGUGGACAAGAACGGUGUGGAUCAGACAUCUUUGAAGAGUCACAUUUGUUCCUUCCACCAUCCGAUCUGCCAAGUCAGUCAGCUGUUCAUCCACUUAGAAGCGUGGGAAAGAUGGGUGAUCGUGAAAACACUGAGCAACCUCUCUAUUCUCAGAUUGGUGCUGUGCCAUUCUGUGCGGUUCCAGCCGAUUCCAAGGCAGCUGUGACUGAGAUGGAUGGCACAUUCGAUUCUCCAAAGCAGCAAGUACCUGUAGGACAGUUCAUAACGACAUUAAACCAGGACCAUCAAUGUCCUGAUGCAUUGGAGACUGAAUGUAGUUUGUUAGUGAUCAAUGCCGGCAACUCGGAAAUGGAACCCACGUGCAACAUGAAUAUUGUUGCUGGUGAAAAUACAUCCUGUGGGAAAUGUACCAGUCACUGUAAUAACGUUCCUGGGAAUAUUGCUGGUCAGCUUGACUGUGGGGAUCUGCAGCCUGCAUGUGAACUAGCUACCAAUCUCACUGUAAUCAGAAUAAGAGAUCCAAACACAGAAAAAGAUGAUCAGAAAGAAUCUGAACAUAAAGAAGUUCCAACUAGUUCCAACAGCUGUUCUUUGGUGGAACCUACAGAGGGUGAGGAAAUAGAAGUUCACCUUGAUAAGGAUUCCACCACAUGUUUGAUUCACAGUGUGGAGGCUGGAACUAAUGAAAAUAAUUCCAUUCAAGAUACAGUUGGGACUAUGAGCUUGCCAAACAUGCAAGAGCCAGAUUUACUAGACAUUCCAGUUAUUGCACUGGAACUGCCUGAAGCUGGGAAGCCAAGUGUUGACAUUAUUAAUAAUACUAAUUUAAAAUCCUCAUCCUUUUUAUAUGUUAAUGUAAGUAAAGGGAUUCAGGUGUCAGGAACUGAUAAGCCUAUAUCAAAAUCAGAUCUUGUUGUCAGACCAAAGUCUUCCUGUUUUGUUAAGCAGGCUCUCUCCAUUCACCAGUACGAUAGGCAGAAGUCACGGAAACAAAUGAACAUUGGGGCAGACUCCAGCCAUGGUGCUGGCAAUGAAAACUGGGCCACUACAGCACCGGCCAAAGGCAACAAAAGUGAAGACGAGGACACGAAUGACCAUACUACUCUCAGCAGAUCUUCAAGUCUACUGUCUCAUCAUAAUAUUUCAAUGGACACCUCUUCUAGUACCAAUUCACAGUCCUCCUCUUCCCCAGAUCAUACUUAUCACAACUACCAAAAUCCAUAUCGACAGGGCGACCCAAGAGCAGUGUCAGAGUCAUUCUUGAAAGUCAUGCAUUGUCUCAUAGAAAACCAGAGGCAGCAGGAACAGCAAGCCAUGGCCGAUGGCUCCCUGCGAACACACAUCAGGGUCUUUAGUAUGGAUGGGGGAGCAGAUGUGGUCUUGAGCAGAGCGUCCAGAGGUGGCAACAACAAUCUGGGACGAACGUUAACCUCUUCAAAGUCAGACCUGGAGGCCAAAGAAGGACAGAUUCCGAAUGAAUCAAACUUUAUAGAGUUCAUAUCUUUACUGGAGUCAAUUAAUAGCUCAAGAAUGAAUGCAGCAAGCUGGGCGAGUGACUGUCGAGAGGAGGGUGCCAUGGGCGGAGUUGUACUACCACUGGAAUCUGGAUCAGGAAAUGCAAGGUUGCAUGGCCACAACAGUCAUCAAAGGAGAUCAGGGAAACAACAACAGCAGAAUGUAAGGAGCAACCCAAGCCACUCUGCAACCUUCUCGUGUUCACCACAGAGCUCACAGGAAAAUGGACAAAUACAGAACCGCUCUGGUUCUUUGCACUGGGGCAGCAUUGGAUGUCCAAGCGGCAGUCCAAGGCACGAUGCUUCAUCACAUCAUGACACCUCCAUUGGUGCCACACACUUUUUUGUUGACGAGCUCGGGGAAGUAAGGUCAUAUACAUUUGGUCCAAAGAGCCAAGGUUUUGAAAAUACAUUGAAUCAUCCAACAAGUUCAGAACACAUUCAAAGUUCAUGGGAUCAUCAGUCCCACUCUCCCAGUUAUGCUUCAGGUAAUGGACAGAAUGGGACAGAGGAAACUGCAGAUGAGCCACGCCCUCGACACCAGCCGGUUAUAUUACGGAGGAUGCAGAUUAGAAGAUAUUCGGAGGCGCGGCAGGGAACUGGGGAUCGUAAAUCAGCAGUUAAAGUAGAUGAAAAAUCAAGCUGCAGACAGUCUUACAGGUUUUGGAUCUUACCCAGCAAGUGGAUGGAGAUUCAUUAUGAUCGUCUGGCUUUGUUAACUUUACUUGACAGGAAUCAGGAGAUUGGUGAAAACGUGUUAUCAGUUUCCUUGGCCGUCCUUGUUGCCCUUCUUGGAUUCAGCCUUCUUAACCAAGGAUUUUUCAAGGACAUCUCGGUCUUAUGCUUCUGCCUAGUUAUUGCCAGCUGUCAGUAUUCCCUGUUAAAGAGUGCUCAACCUGAUCCUGCUUCACCUGUGCACGGGCACAAUAGAAUUGUUGCAUACAGCAGAUCUAUUUAUUUUUCCAUCUGCUGUGGCCUUGUGUGGGUUUUGGAUCUCGGCAGUAAAUGCACUCAACUCCCAUCUUCUACUCUGUAUGGAUUUAGAUUGAUAUCUCCAGAAAACUUAGCAACUGCAAGAGAUUUUAUUAUUGGGUUCACACAAUGCUUCCCUCUCAUUUUCCUCCUGGGCCUUCUUCCACAGAUUAAUACUUUUGUUACGUAUUUGCUGGAACAAGUCGACAUGCACAUCUUUGGUGGAUCUGCUGCAACAGGACUAAUCUCAUCGCUCUACGGCUUUUUCCGCAGUUUACUUGCUGUAUGUCUGCUGUAUGCUCUGUGUAUUGGCACUGUAAAGGGACCUUGGGAUGCUCAGCAUAUUCCAACCCUAUUUUCUGCUUACUGUGGAUUGCUGGUUGCUUGUUGCUAUCACCUCAGCAGACAAAGCAGUGAGCCCGCAGUGUUGGUGUCUCUCAUUCGGUCUAAAUUGACCAGUGAAUUGGAAGUUCAGGAUCCUGAACAUCCUCUGUCAAAAUACAAGGAUGUUCUUCCUGAAAAGCUCAGGAAUUCUGUGAGGGAAGUUUUGAAGUCUGAUCUUGUCAUGUGUGCAGUAAUUAGUCUCCUAACCUUUGCAAUCAGCACAACCACCGUUUUCCUCUCAUUAAAGCCUUUUCUUGGUUUUGUGCUGUAUACUUUGGCUGGCACAGUCGGAUUCAUGACACAUUACCUACUCCCGCGACUCCGCACACAGGUUCCGUGGUUCUGCUUUGCGCAUCCUUUGUUUAAAACUAAGGAAUACCGUCAGUUUGAAGUCCAAGAUGCAGCCCAGUUGACGUGGUUUGAGCGGAUAUACGUCUGGCUCCUGUGUUUGGAGAAGUACGCUAUUUACCCAGCUGUGGUACUCAAUGCACUCACCAAUGAUGCUUUCUCUCUCAGCAGUCGCAAGAAGCUGGGCAUACAUUGCGAUGUUUUAAUGAUGACUGUGGCCAGUAUGAAGCUGUUGCGCUCCUCCUUUUGUAACCCAACGUACCAAUACGUUACUCUGAGUUUUACAGUCCUCUUCUUCCAGUUUGACUUUAGGAGUGCCUCUGAGACAUUUUUGCUGGAUUUCUUCUUGAUGUCCAUCGUAUUCAGCAAGCUGUGGGACUUACUACACAAACUGCAGUUUGUUUUGACUUACACUGCUCCUUGGCAGAUUGCGUGGGGUUCAGCCUUUCAUGCUUUUGCACAGCCCUUUGCCGUGCCUCAUUCGGCUAUGCUGUUCGUCCAAGCCCUCGUGUCUUCUCUCUUUUCCACUCCUCUUGCUCCAUUCCUUGGCAGCGCCAUUUUUAUUACAUCCUAUGUCAGGCCGGUGAAGUUCUGGGAAAAGAAUUACAACACCAAACGGGUGGAUCAUUCUAACACCAGGCUGGAUUCACAGAUAAACAGAAGUACUGGGGCUGAUGACAACAACCUGAACUCAAUCUUCUAUGAGCACCUAACCAGAUCACUGCAGCAGAGCUUGUGUGGCGACCUGAUCCUAGGUCGAUGGGGAAGCUACAGCACCGGAGAUUGCUUCAUCCUGGCUUCAGAUUAUCUCAACGCUCUGGUUCAACUGAUAGAGAUCGGCAAUGGCCUUGUAACGUUUCAGCUCAGAGGGCUCGAGUUCCGAGGUACAUACUGUCAACAGAGGGAGGUUGAAGCAAUAACAGAGGGAGCUGAGGAUGAUGAGGGUUGCUGUUGCUGCUGUGAGCCAGGACAUUUGCCUCACAUGCUGUCAUUCAAUGCAGCUUUUAUCCAGCGCUGGCUGGCCUGGGAAGUUACGUCAUCGAAGUAUGUGCUGGAAGGCUACAGCAUCAGUGACAACAAUGCAGCAUGUAUGCUACAGAUGUUUGAUCUGAGAAAGAUGCUCAUCACCUAUUACGUAAAGAGCAUAAUAUACUACUUGAUUCAUUCUCCGAAACUGGAAGACUGGUUGACCAACGAAUCUAUACGGGAGGCACUACAUCCCUGCACAGCGUGGAAUUACAUCGACAGGGACCCAGCAGUGUUUAACAUGAACAUUGAUGAGGACUAUGAUCAUUGCCUCAAGGGAAUCUCGAGAGCCAGCUUCUGCAAUACCUACCUGGAAUGGAUCCAACACUGCAACAGUAAAAGGACAAAGCCUGUGAGGAGUGAUGGAGACUCCCCUCUGGUAACCCUUUGUUACAGCCUUUCUAUCCUUGGCAGAAGAGCUUUAGGGACGGCAACACACAACAUGUCCAUCAGCUUGGAAUCAUUUCUAUACGGACUCCAUGCGUUAUUCAAAGGAGAUUUCAGAAUCACUGCCACGCAGGAAUGGGUCUUCGAAGAUAUAGACUUGCUUCACAAGGUUGUUGCUCCUGGGAUUCGAAUGUCCCUGAAACUUCACCAGGACCAUUUCACCACAUCUGAUGAAUACGAGGAUCCCGUGGUGCUCUACAAGGCCAUCAGCGGCCAUGAGCGGUCACUGGUCAUCUGCCACGAGGGAGACCCACUCUGGCGCCAGUCCAUCCUGUCAAAUGCAGAGGCUCUGCUCGCACUCAGGCACGUGGUAGAUGACGGGGCCGAUGAGUACAAGAUAAUUAUGCUUCACCACCGUUACCUCAGCUUUAAAGUGGUGAAGGUAAAUAAAGAGUGUGUGAAGGGGCUGUGGGCAGGACAGCAAUUGGAGCUGAUAUUUCUCCAGAAUCGCAACCCAGAACGAGGCAGCAUACAGAAUGCCAAGCAGGUCUUGAGAAACAUGAUCAAUUCUUCCUGUGACCAACCCAUUGGCUACCCGAUUUAUGUAUCACCUCUUACCACUUCCUAUGCUGGCUCACAUAAACAGCUGAAGAACAUCUGGGGAGGUCCCAUCAGUUUGGAGAACCUCAACUUGUGGUUCACUUCCAGAUGGCAGAAGUUACGCAAGGGCUGUACCGGAGGCAACAUUGAUGACUCGGAUUGUGGUGGAGCUUCCUCAUCCAGCCUCACCAACCAUACCACUCACAGCAACAGCUCCAAGUCAGCACGAGUCUGGAGGUCACGUCCAGCAACUGCACAACCAGCUCGACCGCCCAGAGGUCAGAGGGAACAAAGGAGCUUUUCAGUCCAGACCCAUUUAUCACGACAGCAGGGACAACGACCACCUACCACAAGUCUGUCAGGAUCUAUCCUAGAAACACAGCAGCCUUCAUCCCGGGUGUCGGCAUCUGUCCAAAGCAUGGUUCAAAGGUUAUCCAACAGCCAGCUGUCGUUCAAUAACUCACUAGCUUCUAUGUUAUCUCAAGUACCUCGUCUCUCCACUGCAAGCCAACUCAGCAGUCAGGGUCACUCAGGCGCACAGAACAUGUGCAGCAUCAAUUCCUCCACCAGCUCCACCCUCAGCCUUUUGUUCGGGAAAAGAAGUUUAUCCAGUGGACUCAUGAUCUCUGGGCUCUCCGCAGCAGAGGGAGGAAACACGACAGAUACUCAGUCAUCAAGCAGUGUCAACAUCGCAUUUGGGCCAACAGUCAGCCAGAGGAGCCAGACGGGAAGGGGAGGUUCUGAUGCCUGGUCUUCGAUGGAUGUUAUAAGCUCCAGCCAACUGAAGGACACAGUGUGCACAGAUGAUGCUUUACACACUCAAAAUGCUGACCCUAAGGUGAAAGAUGAAUUGAGCUCUAGGACAUCCCACUCGAUCUCGGACCAGAAUAACCAAUGAAUUCUUGCGUCAAAUGAAGAUCUUUGUAGAGGAGUAGUAAAAUGAUGAAGUAAGGUAAUAAGAACAAGAAACAAAGGGGAAGGAAAUCUCCAACUUCCAAGACAGAAAACUGGAGCAAAUAUAACAACAAUGCAAUUAUUCAGAAUCAAAUACUCAAAGUUGCUUUGUGUAAUGAAGUGAAUAUAAUUUUAUUUUCAACAUCUACAGCUAUCCCAGCAAAACACAUUGAUAACUGUUGUUUCACAGGUCUUCUUUGAUCAAUUUCCUGUUUAAACAAAAUGAUUCUCAAAUUAAUCAGACUUCCUGAAUGUUCUAGCUUCCAUAAUUGGUGUAGGGUUACAUUUUGAUUAGCUCAAUUAUUUUGACUAACCUGGAAAAGGUGAUGGGCAAUCUUGUGAAAGAAUUAAGCACUAACAUUUAACCUUGCUAUUACAAAAUUUACCUUCCCAAAUUGGAUUUGCCGACUUAUGGAGCUUGGGAUGUGGAUUGUAAAAUCAUCACAGAUUAAUUUGUGCAGCACUUUAUGAGCACACAGGGUAAUUACAUAAUUUAAACUUUGAUUGGAGAACAUUUAGAAUGUUGUGGUUAAUUUUAUUUUAAAUGCAGCAAAGAUUCAUGAAGAUAGGACCAUGUAUACAAAGUUCAGAACCUGAAGAGUGCCUUGAUAAAGCUGUUAAAAUUAUGACGUAGAAUGUGGAUUAUGUUUAUAUUUGUGAAGGGUUUGAAACUAGGCCCCUUAAAAAAGGCAUAGUCACUAAUAAAUCCAAUAGAGAAUUGA